AUGACGUCGAUCGCCGGGUCGCUUCAGGCCGCACUCCCCAAGCCCAAGUAUACGGGUGAGGAUGAGGAGGCUCCCGCGCGGGCGCAGCAGCGAGGCCCGCGCAUCGUGGGCCCAGGCCAGCUCGACGAGACACAACUCGUCCUCAAGCGCUCCGGCCCUCCUCCUUACGGCCAACGAACUGGAUGGCGACCGCGGUCGCAAGAGGAUUUCGGCGAUGGAGGCGCUUUCCCCGAGAUUCCGGUUGCCCAGUACCCCCUAGACAUGGGCAAGAAGGGCGCGACGACGAGCAACGCGCUGGCGAUUCAGGUCGACUCCGAAGGCAAGGUCAAAUUCGACGCCCUCGCACGACAGGGACACGGCGAGGGUCGCAUCGUUCACACGUCAUUCAAGGACCUGAUCCCUCUACGACAACGCGCCGACGCGGGCGAGAUCGAUCUGUCACGGCCAGACAAGCAAACGGUGGAAGCCACAACAGAGAGGACCAAGAAUGCCCUGGCAGCACUGGUCAGCGGCGCCGUGGCUACGCAGAAACCGAAACCAAACAUUGGACAGCGGAGUGACCCGACCUUUGUGCGAUAUACCCCGGCGAACCACAUGGGCGACAACUCGAAGAAGCAAGACCGCAUCAUGAAGAUCGUUGAGCGACAACGCGACCCGUUGGAGCCCCCCAAGUUCAAGCACAAGAAGAUUCCUCGUGGCCCUCCGUCACCGCCACCCCCAGUUAUGCACUCGCCCCCACGAAAGCUCACGGCCGAAGACCAGGAGAUGUGGAAGAUUCCUCCCCCCGUCUCCAACUGGAAGAACCCCAAGGGUUUUACUGUGCCAUUGGACAAGAGACUGGCAGCCGACGGCAGAGGAUUACAGGACCUGGCUAUCAGCGACAAGCAUGCUCAGUUUGCUGAGGCUGUCAAGAUGGCAGAGCGUCACGCCCGUGAGGAGGUCCAACAGCGAGCAAUGAUGCAACAGCGAUUGGCGGAGAAGGAGAAGGCACAGAAGGAAGAUAAUCUUCGAGAGUUGGCCCAGAAAGCCAGAGAGGACCGCGCAGGUGCUCGCCGUGGACGAAGAGACUCUAGAGAUUCGCGAGACUCGCGAGACUCGAGGUCACGAUCGCGAAGCUACAGCGACUCUGGAUCUGACCGGUCUGACAGUGAAGGAGAGGCGGUCAGAGAGCGUGUGAAGGCUCGACAGGAUAAACAGCGAGACGAAGAGCGAAAGCUGCGACAGAACCGCAUGGGCGCUGAGCGCCGAGCUCAGGUCAUGGCCCGCGAACAGAACCGAGACAUUUCGGAGAAGGUUGCGCUGGGCCUAGCGAAGCCUACACAAUCUAAAGAAACCAUGUACGACUCGAGGUUAUUCAACCAGUCCAGUGGAUUCGAUAGUGGCUUCAACGAAGACAACCAUUACGACAAGCCACUGUUUGCAGCGCAGGACGCAAUCAGCAGCAUCUACCGACCUCGACAAAACAUGGACGACGAUGAUGCUGAGGGUGGUGACCAAGAGAUGGCCAAGAUUCAAAAGGCUAGCCGGUUUGGUGACGCGUUGGGCAAGGGUACUUUCAAGGGCGCCGCCGACGUUGAGGCGCGCGAGGGACCAGUUCAGUUUGAGAAGGAUUCAGUAGACCCGUUUAAUGUGGACAAGUUUUUGUCCGAGGUGGACCAAACCUCGUCGUCCAAGCGAGGCUACGGUUUGCAGGAAGAAGAGAGCCGCCAGUCAAAGCGGCCGCGUGUCGACGACGAUGACGAGGAUUAA